CGUUCACCUUUGACCUCACAAGACGACAGAACGUCAAAACUGCCCGAGUUCCGGUUUACGUGAAGAGAAGAACCACCAUAGGAAGCAGAAUGAACAUAGCGACGACAGGACACGGGUCUCCCACCGGAGUUGGCCAGAACUGCUGUGAUGGGUCUCCCACUGGGGUUUAUCAGCUCGAAUGUGACAGCAAGACAAGCAAUGCUAAAUGCCAGGUGACAGCACAACAAGUCAACUUGAAUAGCGCUGUUGAGAAACCCUACAUGUGUGGGGAGUGUGGAUACAGGGCGACUUACAAUUCUCAGUUAUCCAUACAUAUGAGAAUCCAUACAGGAGAAAAACCCUACAAGUGUGAACAGUGUAACUACUCUGCAGCAAGGAAAUAUGAUUUAGUCAUCCAUCUUGCUAUACACACCGGCGUGAAACCCUACAUCUGUGGGGAGUGUGGGUACAGGACGGUUCAAAAGCACCGCUUAUCCAUACACAUGAGAACCCAUACAGGAGAAAGACCAUACCAGUGUGACCAGUGUGACUAUGCAGCUGCAUGGAAAUCCACCUUAGAUGAACAUAAAGCACAUAAACACACUGGUGAGAAACGCUACAUGUGUGGGGAGUGUGGGUACAGGACAGCUGCGAGGUCCAGCUUAACCCGACACAAAAGAAGUCAUACAGGCGAAAAACCCUACACGUGUGACCAGUGUGACUAUUUUGCAGCACCACUUUUCGCUACUUAG